AUGGAGACUCAAAGUAAAGACGGCAGGCCACCAAAACGGGUUAGCAGUAGAAGAUAUAGAAUUAAUGAUUUGCAGAUUGAGGAAUGGCUUGAAGAAUUAGAAGAAGAAAACGAGUUUAGCGAUUUUGAUGAUUCGGUAGAAGAUCCUAAUUAUGUGGAAGGGAAUGUUCUCGAGCAGCAAGAGGUACUCGAAAAAUUUGAGGAACAGAAUGCCCAAUCGAAUGAAAGUAAUUUCGACUCUGAAGAGGAAGAGCCCCUUAGCUCUUUAGCUUCUCGGGAUCAAGGUGGUCAAAACUACAUUGGGAAAAAUGGAUUUUUAUGGUCUAAGAAGGAAAUAGCGAGAACAAGCAGAACUCCUGCACAUAAUAUUAUUCAUGUGAAAUACAUGUUCAACAGAGGAGCUUGUUUUCAGAAGUAUUGA